GAGCAGGCGGCGAUGCGGGCGCCGACCCGGGCUGCGGGGCGCCCAAGCUGCCGCGGCUGCGCCCCGGCUCCAGGCGGGACCGCGUAGCUUACGGGAGGACCAUGGCGUCCCCGGCGCUGGCGGCGGCGCUGGCGGCGGCGGCGGCGGCGGGCCCCAACGCGAGCGGCGCCGGCGAGGCGGGUAGCGGCGGGGCUGCCAACGCCUCGGGGUCUGCCUGGGGUCCGCCCCCGGGCCAGUACUCGGCGGGCGCCGUGGCGGGGCUGGCGGCUGUAGUGGGCUUCCUCAUCGUCUUCACCGUGGUGGGCAACGUGCUGGUGGUGAUCGCCGUGCUGACCAGUCGCGCGCUGCGUGCGCCGCAGAACCUCUUCCUGGUGUCGCUGGCCUCGGCUGACAUCCUGGUGGCCACUCUGGUCAUGCCCUUCUCCCUGGCCAACGAGCUCAUGGCCUACUGGUACUUCGGGCAGGUGUGGUGCGGCGUGUACCUGGCGCUCGAUGUGCUCUUCUGCACCUCGUCCAUCGUGCACCUGUGCGCCAUCAGCCUGGACCGCUACUGGUCCGUGACGCAGGCCGUCGAGUACAACCUGAAGCGCACGCCGCGCCGCGUCAAGGCCACCAUCGUGGCCGUGUGGCUCAUCUCGGCCGUCAUCUCCUUCCCGCCGCUGGUCUCGCUCUACCGCCAGCCCGACGGCGCCGCCUACCCGCAGUGUGGCCUCAACGACGAGACCUGGUACAUCCUGUCUUCCUGCAUCGGCUCAUUCUUCGCGCCCUGCCUCAUCAUGGGCCUGGUCUACGCGCGCAUCUACCGCGUGGCCAAGCUGCGCACGCGCACGCUGAGCGAGAAGCGCGAGCCCGCAGGCCCCGACGGCGCGUCCCCGACCACGGAGAACGGGCUGGGCGCGGGGGAGAACGGGCACUGCGCGCCCCCGCGCCGCCCGCGCGCCGACGUGGAGCCAGAAGACAGCAGCGCAGCGGCCGAGAGGCGGCGGCGCCGGGGCGCGCUGCGGCGGGGCGGGCGGCGGCGCGCGGGCGCGGAAGGGGCCGCAGGCGCCGAGGGCACGGGGACUGAGACGGGGACGGCGGAGCCGGGCACGCUGACCGCCGCGAGAUCCCCGGGUCCCAGCGGGCGCCUGUCGCGCGCCAGCUCGCGCUCCGUCGAGUUCUUCCUGUCGCGCCGGCGCCGGGCGCGCAGCAGCGUGUGCCGCCGCAAGGUGGCCCAGGCGCGCGAGAAGCGCUUCACCUUCGUGCUGGCGGUGGUCAUGGGCGUGUUCGUGCUCUGCUGGUUCCCGUUCUUCUUCAGCUACAGCCUGUACGGCAUCUGCCGCGAGGCCUGCCAGGUGCCCGACCCGCUCUUCAAAUUCUUCUUCUGGAUCGGCUACUGCAACAGCUCGCUCAACCCCGUCAUCUACACCGUCUUCAAUCAGGACUUCCGGCGCUCUUUCAAGCACAUCCUCUUCCGACGGAGGAGAAGGGGCUUCAGGCAGUGAUCCGCACACCCUCCCGGGUGCCGAGACCCUGGACAGCUCCCGGCGGAGCGGGGCUGGGGGGCGGCAGGCGUGGCCUCGCGGGAGAGAGUGGGAGCAGCCUUCCCAGAGACCAAGGAUUGGCCUCCGGGGCGCGCGGCGGGGCUGGAGCGAGGGCUGGGAGCUCACGGGGGCCCCCAGGGAGGGGGAAGGAGAGAGGGGAGACCCCUCUGCCCUCCCAUCUCAGCAAGGGGCUGCCUCUAGGGCUCCAGGCCUGGUUCCAGCUCCAGGGGUCUGCCAAGGUGCAGCUGAGAGGUCAGAGGCACAGACCGCAUUCGCAUCCUCCCAAGUUGGUGAGAAAGGAGCCAGCCCCCUGCCCCAGCACACGCCCCCCCUCCCGCCCCGCCCCCGUCACUUCUGAGCAAGGGCUGACUCCCCAGGACCGGGGGGGUGGCUGUCCCAGGGGAGGAAGGAGGCCACUGACAAGCUUUGGUUACUGAAAGUAUUUAAAUGUUUGCCAAAAAUGACUGACAGCCAAAACAACCAAACUCUUUUCUAAAUAAACCUUUGUAAUCUAA